GAACCUGAUUGCGACCAAGACUGCCCGGUCCCGACCGAACCUUUCUCAGCGUCACUCGCCCGCUCCUACGUCUCGACGGCUUCAAUUUCACGACAUCACGUCUUUGGUGGAUACGGUGGAAAGGGCCGGUCAAUUUCGACUCUUUACUCCUCGACACUGAUGCUUCACCAUGUUUGAACUGCGACGAGCUUGCGCCUUCGACACAAGAACAUCGACCAUCACGGCUGUAUUGUCGCGGCAUCGGUAAGGAGGAGGAGGUGCCGCCCGCCCCAAAAAAAACACAUGAGCCAUCUCUCUAGCCUGUCCUGGUUCUUCUCAACUCUUUCUUGACCCUGGGCGCCUCCUUGGCCGGCAGACACCCGGAGAGAUGGAUCCUCUACACAUCACCGAGUUUGGUUCGGAGCGAUAUCUGGACAAGGUCACAAGCGCUACGCAACCACCUUCCACUGCCGCGCCGCCCUCACAGUUCCUUCUCCCUCUACGAGGUGCCCACCCUCCCGAAGCCGAAGAUGCAGCAAUCAGGGCCAGCGAGCCGAAGCGUCUCGAGAAGAAAGGCUUCCUCAGUUUUCGAAAGUUCCAUGCCAAGGCGCCAUCUAGCUCUAACUCGUUGGAUCAAGGCGAACGUCGCUUCUCGGCCACAGAGCCGUUGCCCCGGCAGAGCACCUCUUUCGAUCGACAAUUCCACUUUCUGCCUACCGAGCUGCAAAUCGAGAUCAUUGCCUCACUCCCACUCUCUGACGUUCUCAACUUGCGACUGACAUCGCGGUCGCUACAUGCUCUAAUAUCGCUCAAUGAAGCCCCUAUCGCACGCCACCAUCUCGACAACCACCUCCCAGCUUAUGCCAAACGACUAUACCCGCCCCCUUCACCAUCGGCCCUGAAUCUUCACUAUCUCUGCGGGAUAUGGCACAGGCUCCAUGUGGCUGCUAAGCUCUCUUAUCUGAUGUGUGAGUGGAUAUCGCGGGAGCUCUUUCUCCGAAACACGGAAGAAAAGAAAAAGGCUUUUGCGCCUCAAAGGGAACGGAUGCGAAGGCGUCUGAUCCCCCUACUAUUCACCAUUUUUCAUUUUUUCGAGACCUAUCGGGAUCUUCACCUCAAAUAUCUCGCCGAAAAUGAUGGCAAGGGUCUUCUCAAAGAACCCUACACGAUUAAUCCUAUAGAGGCCCAAAUUAUGAGUUUGUAUGAUGACAGGACCUUGCUUCGAGUACACGAGGUAUUUCCCUUGGUUAUUUCCUCGUUCUGCCGGCGCCUUCGUCCGCCGUCGUAUGUCGGUCGAGUUGAAAGAUCGAUCAGGGGUUAUUUGAGGGACAAGCCGCCGGAUGAGGUGCAUGUUGCGAUUUUGUGCAUUGGGGGCCUCAGAGAUGUGGAAAGGAUAUGGGAGGUGAAAGGGUACAAUACAAGGCGGACGGCUGUGGAUAACUGGUACAACUCCAUCACACGCGACACGGCCGAGCAAGAAACUAAGAAAAGACGGGGUAUGCUGGGAUUGAAACGCAAAAAGUCCUCCUUCAGCAUGGGAAAGAAUUCGUUAGGAGACGCGGUGGCGGCCAGUGCUCGGAUUUCUGGAGACGCCGGUAUGACAACCAGAGAUCCGAUGAGCAAUCUCGUUUUCAACACUAGCCUAUCUACUGGUAGGCCUAUGGGGCCACUGGCCCGGGAUCAGCUGAAGCUGCUGCUUUCCGACCUCCCGAUACUGCAAAAAAUCUUUCUGGAAACCGCCGAGGCCCUGAUUUUGGAACGGAAAAUAGUCGAACGUGCCUCUGAUAUUAAGCGCAACGCUCAAAUAUUCACCGAUCUGAUCUGCGAAGACGGGUUUGAAGAGGAAGACCAGUGGUUGUAUGGCACUGUUGCCCCCGAGUCUGUACGACCCAAUCUUGAGGCGAUCGAGGAGGAUGUCCUAGAAUGAGCGUUAAAUUUUUGUUUCUCUUUUAUACGAUGGUAUCCAUACAUUUCUUGCUUUGUCUUCCUUCCACACUCCAUAUGUAGUCUUAGUAUGCAGCCGGUGUCUUUAGAUGAUAUCCUAGAGGCACAAACCAG